AUGUAUCCCCAUUCCAAACGACGGCGUCUCGACAACGACGCCCAGUUCUCGACAUACAUGGACGAUGGACCAUCCAAUCUUUCCUCUCCACAGUAUGCUGCCACGAUAAAUAACGACUGGUCCUCUCAAGCACAGACGCACGCGCCCGCAUAUACUCCCUCCGAUUCCACCGAUGGCCCUGCAUUCGCCUCUCCGCUUGACGCCACCAGUUGGGGCCAUGACGGGUUCUCGCAUGACCCGGGGUUCCUUGCGUCGCAAGAAGAGCUACGAUGCAUGCUAUUCACCAUUGCUCAGUCUGCAGCGCCAACGCGGGCGCCGACUCCCGAUAAAGAGGAGCUAGGCACUAAGACGGUUCCGAGCUGGCAACGCGGGCAAAUGCGACCGGCACUUUCGAAGACAAAGCGGGUUCAGUACUUGAAGAACUAUGUGGGCCAGGUUGCGCCAUGGCUCGACAUGUUUGAUUCUCAAUGUACCUUUCGCGUCCAAAUACCGGCGCUCGCGCGAAAUUUUCCGGCGCUGCUGAAUGCGAUCCUCGCAAUCUCGGCACGACAAAUGGAACGGAAGGAGGGCAUUCAGGAUUCGUUUGAUAGCCUUGAAUUGUACCAGGAAGCUAUUCGUUUACUCAGUCCUUUGCUACAGGUAAGGGACCCAAAGAUUGUGGCAGCGUGUGUCCUGCUUUGCUGCUUAGAGAUGAUGUCCGCACGCGCACAAGACUGGCGAAAGCAUUUGGAAGGUUGCACUGCAUUAUUCGAGGCUUUUGAAAUCCAUGGUUUCAGUAACGGGAUAUUGCAGGCAAUAUUCUGGUGUUAUGUUCGAAUGGAUUUGUGUGGAGCGCUUAUUUCUGAUGGAACUCAAAGCACUCUUCUUCGCCCCAGUAAAUGGCUUGGGCCAGACUGCCACGAAGAUGAUGCUGCAAGGUUAUUCCAAGCAGCUCAAUCUCCAGACAUGCAUGCGAACUAUGCUGUCUAUCUCUGCGCAAGAACGUGCGAGCUCGUUUCAGAUCGUACACAAUUUAUUGAACUGGGCGUUCAGAAUGACUGUACCGGCAACACGUUCCAUCACCGCUGGUUUCGUCUGUGGGAAGACCUGCAACAAUGGGUUGAGGAUAGGCCUGCAGAGCUAUUGCCUGUCCAAACAACUUCCACAAAGCCAUUUCCCCAGAUUCUCUUUCUACACUGGGCGGCAAUCUCUUCAAACCAACUGUACCAUACUGCUUGUAUCUUACUUCUUAACACAAUGCCUAAGAGCGUCAAACUGCAAACUUCACCGAAUGUCUCGGCUCUGUGGCAUGCUCGGCGUGUAUGUGGGAUAUCUCUCGCCAACCCUCAUCAUGGCUGCCUGAACAAUGCCAUUCAACCACUGUGGAUUGCUGGUCGACUUUUCAGCCAUGUUUCUGAGCAUAAAAUUAUCAUCGAUAUCAUCCAAAGGAUCGAGGCAGAGACCGGCUGGGGAGCUUGUUGGCGUAUUCGCGACCUUGAACUUGCCUGGGGAUACCAAAUGCCCCGUCAUCCUCGUGUUUCCUCUUACCGAAUGUCAUCAAAACCAGGAUGA